UACUAUGUCUAUUACGUUUGCCGCCUAAAUGUGUUAUUGUUAAGCCUACGGUGAUUGGAUUGUAUUUUAGAAUAAUUGAUAUAUUUUUAAGUUAUGUUAUGGAACAGUACAUUUUUUUGAUACAUUUUUUGAAAAAUAUCUGAUGUGAGUGUCGUUUUCUUCAAAAUUGGUUUACGCUAGCUCAAAACAGUUUCAUCUACUAAGGUUAGUUGGAAGAUUGAAGACAAAGUUUUGUUGAAUUAUGAUGGUAUCAUAUUCAGACUGGGUAACAUUUUGAAGAAAGGUUUUAAAGUGGGUUCGUCCACAUCUCUGGAUGUGAGGAGCCCAUCAAAGGAAGUUGUCACCAUACUUAGUCCGUCACCUGGGAUGGAGAUUACAAAUCUUGAGGAAGAAAAUAAAUUAAUGGAUUUUGAAUCAGACAUUGAUACAUGGGUAAUUGAAAAAGAAGAGUUAAGUUUAUCUUCAAAUGCUGUCCAAGAUAAGUCUAGAAAAGAUGUCCUAUCUUUUGAGAUGAAGAGCAUGAAUAAAGAAAACAUUAAGAAAUUUACCAGUUCAAGUGAUAGAAAAGCUUUGAGGUGUUUCAGAAUCCACAAAAGUAUGGGAUAUCAGGAAACUACACCUGAGUCCGAGACUGAUACCAAGAGAAAAUCAACAGAUGAUGUGAGUGACCAUUCCCAUUGGAAUAAAAAGCAAAGGUUGGAAUCUUCUAACAUCCCAGAUGAUAAAAGAUGUGUGGAACCAAAAUUACAACAUACAUCAUCUGCUUCGUCUUUGAAUGUUUUAAAUACAAUAAUGCAAAAAAAAGAAAGUCUUAGCUCAGAAGAAAUAUCGAUAAUGUUAACAGAAAACGAAGGAUCUCCAACUAGUUGCCAGGAAAAAAAUCGAGAACGACUCCAUUCAAUAGAGAAUGUCUCUUCACUAGUAGAGACUAAAGAUAAAGUAGGGGAUGUUUCGCCCACCUCUUUGAAGCUUAAUACAGAAUGCUCUGUGUGCAAGUGUGAAUUUGUGAGCUUAGAAGAACUCAAGUGUCAUGAGAGUGUUCACAAAAGAACAAGUUUACCAAAUUCUAAUCAACCUGAACAAUCACAUUAUCAAGGCCAGAAAAAUAAUUUACAAAACACAAGUUCUACUUGGAAUAGGACUGAUUUCUUAGACAAUUUCAAGUCUCAUUUAAUUAAUAACGGAACAAAACUUCCUAUAAAUCUAAAUGGAACCGUAUCAUGUAAUUCUAUCAAAGAAAAAUUGAAACCAUCGCAAAAUGAAACAAAGUUUGAAUGUGGUAUGUGUAAAUUCAACUGUUCUGAAUUAUUAAUUCAUAAAUCUCAUCAAAUAUUAUGUCAUAGUGAUAAAAACAAUUUAGUUUGUGAGUACUGCAAUUACAAAACUUCAUUGUGCACCAACCUUGCAAAUCAUAUUCGAAUUCAUUUUCAGUUUAAUUGUCCUCACUGUGAUUACCAGUGUUCGUUAAAAGCCAGUUUAGAUGCCCACUUAUUAAGGCAUCACUCAGAAAAGCGGUAUUAUCAGUGUAAAAAUUGUGAUUACAAUUGUAAAUCCCAAAAGAAAUUACAAAAACAUUCUCAGCUUCAUAGAACAACUACUAAAUAUCAGUGUGAAGAAUGUAAACUGUAUUAUGCAAACAAACAAGCUCUAACAUCACAUAUUAAAACACAUUCUAUUGAGAAAAAAACUUACAAGUGCACUAACUGUGAGUCGCAGUUCUCUCAGAAAUAUCUUCUAAAGUUGCAUUUGAAGUCUCAUGAACAAUAUGUCUGUGAUACUUGCAAUUGUAAAUUCACUCAAAAAAACUUCCUUAAGGUUCAUAUGAAAGUUCAUUCCCAGGAACCACUGAAAUGCAAAAAGUGUAACUCGGUCUUCUCAAGGAAAAAUUACCUCAAACUUCAUAUGCGUAUUCAUGUUCCUAAGUACUCCAAAUGUGAGCACUGUCCUUUUAAGUGUAUCAAUUCAAGUGACCUUUCAAAACAUAUCUGUAUUGAUAAAUUAUAUGAAGUACAAAAGCGUUCUCUGAACUUCCAGAAGGAGGAAACAUUCGAAGGUGGUGUUGAUAAUAGCAAAACAUCGAGUGGGUUGGCAAAGAAAGGAAAGUCAAAUGUCACAUCUUUUCCGAAUGACAAUAAAAGUAAGAACCGAGUCAAUGAAAUGAAAGUUGAAGAAGCUGCUGAGAGGAAAAAAUAUAAAAAGAAGAAAUUUAAUAAAGAUCAGAUUAGAGUUACAUCUCUCCGUCAGAACUUACCUUCUAGGAAAAGUUUAAAUGCACAGGAAAAUAAAAGUGAUAUUCAUGGUGAUGUAAAAAGUGCCUUACAGGAGGAAUCUCGCUUAAAGAAAACUAUGAAAAAUGGGAAACAGAGAAAAACUCUCAGUUUGAAAGUUAAAAAGAAGACCAGUUCAAAACAGAAUGAUUGGGUGGUACACAAUAGAAAAAUUGCUAUGCUUAAUUCCCACAACAAAAUGAGAAAGAAGUUGAAUAAGUAUCAAUUCUGUGGAACUUUAAAUAUGUCAAAAAUUUUUUGUGGAGGAAAAGCAUUGUCACCUAAGGAUUUAUUAGUUGAACCUGUGAGGUUUACAGAUGAUAAUUAUGUACAGUGCUACUACCAGAGCCAGCAGUCACCAUUACAAGAUCAUCUCGACCGACACUUGAGGCAGAGCACUCUACUGUCCUGCCGUUUCUGUAUGUACAAGACAAACUCCCGUCAGCUGCUACAACGUCAUACAGCCAGCAGUCACACUUGGGACCCAGCACUUGUCAGUACGUUAUUCAGCUAGUCUUACACAGAUUAUUGUGUUGUUUUCAUGAUGACAAUAAUGAUCAUUUCAGUUCAUCGAUAAUCUGCAAUUAAUUUUCAUUGCUGUGAUAUUAUUCAUUAGUGUGAGAUCUCUAAUAAUUUUAAAGUAGGGGUUUAACUAUCAUUCUUAAAUUAAAUCGACUUAUGUAGGUGCAGCUUUGGAUUUUCAAGAUAAACAUUUUACAAUUUAUGUGCAUUAAUAGUAAUAGAAUGGAGCAAAUUUUUAAUUGUUAUAUCAACUACAGAAUUAGUACUUACAGCACUAUCAUUUAGUUUAGUGUAUUUUUUUCGUAUCCUGCAGAUAAAGAUUUUUAUGAAUACAAAACAAAGUAACUGUUAAAAUACUACUUAUUUUGUAACCAUUUUGACUUUAAAUACAGUAUUUGAAUACAUUGACAACUAAAGAGACCAGUUUGUAUAACCUUCGACAGAAUAAUGAGCAACAUUUGUAGUCUUCAUGUAAGACACUUAUAGUUUUUAUUCAAAACUUGUUCUUUAUUUUUUUUUUUUAAGUUAUGGUACAAUAUUCAUCAGGGGUAUUCAAUCACUACUGCAGAAUUUAAUAUGUUUGUCUUUAAAAAAAAGGAAAAUACUAUUGGUGGAGUAAGCAUGGAACUACAUUUGCAGGAUUCUCACAUUGGAUUGUGUUGCAUAUCGAUGUAUUAUACAAGGCUAUCUUAGAAUACAUGUAAUCUGAUUGGCCAUUGUGAAACAAUUUUGAGGUACUUCUUAGCUAUAAAAACUUUUCACAUAGUUCGUGUUCUUUGCACCCUUCAAAUAUAACAAAAAGUUACCAAAUCAUUUAUUUCAUAAAAAGGACAAAAGAAGGUUGCAAAAUACAAUUUCACCAAUUAGAAUUCCACCCAGAACAGACUAUUCAAAUGAACAUGAAGAGCAUCAAUAUAUUGUCAUUUAUUUUUGGCUUCUCUAAUUUAUGAAUUAUUAAAACACUUUGGUGAUUUAUUCAUUUAAACAAUGUUAGAUUCCAAAUGUGCAACGUAUAUAUAUAUAUAUAUAUACACACACACACACACACACACACACACACACAUAUAUAUAUAUAUAUAUAUAUAUAAGUUGUACAUUUGGAACACAGUCGAUUAUUGAUAGAGGAACCUUACAUUUCUGUUCAAUUCAUUGUGUUUAAUUUUUUGAAACGUUUUGAAGUGGAAAACCUUGAUGAAAUACAAGUAUAUGUAUUAGAUCUUGAGUGUAUGUGCAAAAGCACUUAGAUCGUAGACAGUCCUUAAUCCUUCUAGGGUAACUGUUCUUUAGACAGAAUAUAGUUGUUUCCAAAAAUAAUAAAAAUAAAUAUUUUUUUGUAAGUACAAAUAUUUAUAAAAUAAACCAAUUGUUUUUAAAAUGGCUGUAAACAUAUAUGUUUUCGACAUUGCCGGAACACUGUAUUUUCUUUAAAGUACACAAAUUAAAUAUUUAUUAGGACUAAAAACGAUAAUAAUAAUCUCAUAAUAAUAAAAAAUACAAAACAUAUUUUCAUUUUCUCUAUAAUAUAUCAAAUUUCACCAAAAAAGAAUAUUUCCAAUACAACAUGUUGCAAUAAUCAGGUUUUUUUUAUUAAAAAAAUAAGUACAAAAGUUCAUUUUGUUAUGUAUUGUUUUAAUAGUAGUAGUCAAAAUAUAAACAUAUUUUACACUUUAAAACUACCUAUUUAUCUAUUACUUCGUUAUAUUACUUCUAUAGUAUCUACAGUGUCUAAGUAAAGGUGAACCCCGUUAUAAUAUUUUCCUAUAUUAAAAUAGAUACAACAUCCUUUAGGUGGAUAAUUUAUGUAUAUCUAUAAGAAAAAUUAAAAUCUUUAUUGUUUGUCUCAAAAAUUAGGGAUUUUAGGAGCAUUUCAAAAGUUUUAAAUGUAAAAUUUUUCAAAUAAUGUAGACUACUCUAGUUUUAAAGGGCUUAAAAAUAGAUGAACAGUGAAAAUUACAGGACUUCUAUUCCUGAACCAAGAUGAAGUCAAGUUUAAAUAGAGCAUUUGCGCUACAGAACUUCCCUUAAUAAUCUUUUUCCCUUUUUAUGAACAGAUAAGGUUAAUGCUUCAAAACGUAAAACAAUGGACUAAGUCAACCCUUCAUUCCUUCACAACUGUAAAAUACUUUAACAAUUUCAUUCUGUAUUUAAUCCAUGAAAGGGAUUCAAAUUAAGUAGCCAGUUAUAAUGCCUCUGUAUGAAUAAAAAAAUAACACAUUGAAUUAUAUGCUACAUUGUGGCUUAUAUUAGAAUAGUUGUUAUACUUUGCUACUGUACUGUAAUUUUGUUGUAGUCUUGAUCCACACUCCAAGUACCAACACCAUGUUUAAGGGAAAUAGCUAUAUUGGUAUAAAGCACUGAGAGUGAUUCAACCACUGUACUGGUUAUAGCUGGAUCCUGUUAGUUUAAAUGGUACAGGGUUUGUGAUCUAACUGUGGCAGGGGAAAUAGCUAAACCAUAACAUUUUUAGUGGGGUUCAGUCAAUAAACUAGUUACUAUUGAGCUAUGUUAGAUACAUGGCAUGGGAUAAGCACUUCAAGCCUGAAACUUAUUCCUGAUUUAAGUAUAAUGUGUAAAUAGAGAGUGGAGUAGUUAACAAUAAUUUUGAAAUAGAUUUUUAAGGAUUUGUACUAUAAAUCAGAUGUAUUUAUAUUUAUAUAUGUGGCUAUUUUGUGGUAAAUUGAUUGUAUAUUCUCCAUUAAACAAUAGCACUUAAUUUUAUAUGGCAUAACAUUUUUACUAUAGGGUAUUUUGUCACUAAAUACAUUGUUUAUUUUGUA